CGGUUAAUCUGCUGUUCAGGCGCCAAGCUAAGCUUAUUUGUUGAAUUGUAAAUAGCGUAAACGCUAGUACGGAAAGAGAAUCCGUGGCGAUCGUUUCAGUAGGCUUCUGAAAAAGUUCAAUCAAUAAAAUUUAGAAAAAGAAAUAACAAAAAAACGACGCUCAAAUAGCGAAUGUUUGGAUUUUUCGUGCGGAACUAACUAAAACAUGAUUAGAUUGCUGUUGACAUUGAUUUUGAGCGCAAAUAUUUUGCAGUCAUGGAUUUUUGUGGAAUCUUCCGGAGAUGAAUGUUCUAUAAAUACAGAAUGCAAGUUGUUACGCCAGUGUCCGGAGAUAAUAAAGAAAUUUCGACAAUUGCGAAAUGUGCCUUACUGCAAGGUAGGUGAAGGCUCAGUUUAUGUCUGUUGCCCCGUACCGCCGCGGCCCUAUGUACCGAAAAAGGACGACGAUCAGCGUAUUGUUCGUGAAUGCAAAUCGUAUCAGAACAGUCGAAAAACUUGCGACAAAUCUCUGAUUGUUGGCGGGAAAAAUGCCGAUCCCAAGGAGUUUCCUUUCAUGGCGUUGUUGAUGUACGUCAAUGGAGCUCAGCGAACAAUUCUGUGUGGCGGAUCGUUGAUCAGUAAUCGAUAUGUGUUGACAGCUGCACAUUGUUUCUAUGUUCCCAAUGAACCAAAUAUAGUGCGUCUGGGGGAACUAGAUUACAACACAUCCGAAGACGAUGCUUCCCCGGUGGACUUUUCCCUCGACUCAUACCAUAUCCACGAAGAAUAUGAUGACGAUACCCGGUUCCAUGACAUUGCCGUUGUGAAGUUGAAUGCAACAGUCCAAUAUAAUGAUUAUAUUCUCCCGGCUUGUUUGCCGCUGGUUGAUGGACGUUCCUUUCCCCAGUUUUUGGCUACCGGCUUUGGUGCCGUCAAAAAUUUCGGCAAUUCGGCAAGUCAUUUGCAAAAAGUCAAGCUGGAUAACUUCAGUGAUGAGCUGUGCCAAUCGAAAAUCGAUAAGGCUGUUGUGUCCAUUAAUACAACGAUACAAAUGUGUGCCGGAUCGUUUUACUAUGAGCGCGAUACGUGUACGGGUGAUUCGGGUGGUCCUCUGUUUGUUGAUCAUCCGGAUUAUAAUUGUUUGUUUUUGGUCUUGGGUGUAACAUCGUAUGGUGAGGGUGGUUGUGCCAAUAAGGGCCUCCCCGCAUUCUAUACCCGAAUCCAAGUGUAUGUUAAGUGGAUUGAGAAAAUUGUUUGGCCAUGAAAUUGAAAAUGAAAUGCGAAAAUAAAGAAGUGGUGUCCAAAUGUUUAAUAAUUAAAAAAUCAUAUCCCUUGUUCCAGAACCUGCAAGAAUCUAAAAUUUUUGCAAUUUUUUUGGAUAUCAUAAAAAACAAGUAAAAUAGCUGUAAGUUCGGCCGGGCCGUACCCUCCAUCAUUUGGAACGAAUUUGGCAAUUCUCAAAAACAAUAAAAUCUGUUAAAAAUUCUGCUAAAAUCUUAAAAAUACCGAAUGUAGCUGUUAUUUUAGAGUCUAUACGACGGCAUGGACCUGCAUAGGUAACUUUUGUCGUAAGC